AUGUUAGGCGUGUGCCGUGUUGGAAGACGUUUAACCUUUGUGUUGAUUGCCAGUGGAGAAAAAAAUAAUUCACCAGAUACGAAAAAGGUUGUCUUUUUCAGUGCAUUGCAAUCAACUUCUUCCUUCAUUUUAUCAAAUCCUCUUGGUUUUAAUCCGUACGACAUGUUAGAAGAUCAGUCUUGUUUGGUUUCAAAGGAUUGUCAGAGAGAAAGUAACUUGGUGGCUUGCAUGAAUGGCAAAGAGCCAUUGGUAAAUUAUCAGGAGCGUGAACUUGUGAAAUGCAAGUUGCCAAAUAAGUCUGACGCUUUCAACAAAGUGGAAGUUGCUCUAUCUUUGGGAAACUCUUCAGCAUCCCCGAACGAGCAAGCUGGCAAUAAACGUCAUGCUGUUGAUAAUUCUGAUUCGAGCUCUCUUAUUCAUGCCAUUGGCCGUGACAAUUCCAUCAGUUGUCUCAUUCAUUGCUCUCGGUCGGAUUAUGGUGCCAUAGCAUCUCUGAAUCGUAGCUUUCGCUCAUUGAUUAGGAGCGGAGAACUUUACAAAUUGCGGCGGGAAAAUGGUAUGGUUGAGCAUUGGGUUUAUUUCUCCUGCCAACCGGUUGAAUGGGAAGCCUUUGAUCCUAGUCGCGGCCGUUGGAUGCAUCUGCCAACUAUGACUCCUGAUGAGUGUUUCGUGUUGGCUGACAAGGAGUCAUUGGCGGUUGGCACAGAGCUGCUUGUGUUUGGAAAGGAGAUCUUUUCGCAUGUCAUUUAUCGUUACAGUUUAUUGACGAACACGUGGUCAUCUGGGAUGCGGAUGAAUGUACCAAGAUGUUUGUUUGGUUCUGCCAGCAUUGGGGAGAUUGGCAUUCUAGCUGGUGGCUGUGACUCACAAGGCAAUAUACUUAGCUCAGUUGAACUUUACAAUUCGGAGACAGGAACGUGGAAGACUUUACCGAGCAUGAACAAGCCACGUAAGAUGUGUUCAGGGGUAUUCAUGGAUGGGAAAUUUUAUGUGAUAGGAGGAAUUGGAGGAGAAGAAUCGAAGCGGUUGACUUGUGGGGAGGAGUAUGAUCUUCAAAAAGGAACGUGGCGUGAAAUCCCAAACAUGUCUCCCGUGCAUGCUAACGCUGCUACAUCUGAUGCACCUCCUUUGGUGGCAGUUGUAGACAAUGAGCUGUAUGCGGCUGAUUAUGCUGAGAUGGAGGUGAGGAAGUAUGACAAGCAAAAUAAAGCGUGGGUUACCAUAGGACGGCUGCCUGAAAGAGCAGCUUCCAUGUAUGGUUGGGGUUUGGCUUUUCGGGCAUGUGGUAACACGCUAAUUGUAAUUGGUGGACCCAAGGGAGGUGCAGAAUAUAUCGAAGUGAAUUCAUGGGUUCCAAGUGAAGGGCCGAUACAAUGGGACUUGCUUGGCCGAAAGCGAUAUGGUAGCUUUGUGUAUAACUGUGCUGUCAUGGGGUGCUGAUCAUAUAAUCCCGGUCUUUUGUCCUUGAUGAUGUUAUCUUGAUCCAUCUUUCUUUCUGUUUUAAAUUCAUGUUUGUUAUUUGCUAGCAAUCUUUAUCGUUGUAUUGCAAUAUGCAUUUAAGGGAAAAAAUAGGAUGAUGAAAUUCCAUAAUUUCAUCUUCUUUUUUUCCUCCUUUAUA